CUAUUAAAAGAAAAUUGAUGCUAGAAAUUAUAAAAGAAAGGAAAAGAUGUCAACAUCUUCUUAUCAGCAGUGAAUGAAGCCCACUUCACCUGACUGGUAGGUUUUACUUUACUCUAUUCCCGCCACUGUUGCAAAUAAUAAAAAUAAUACUGAACGUAAAACAAAAGAAUUCAUCAUGUUGCCUUGUCAAGAUAUUUUUCAGGCAGUUAAUUUUUUUUAAUUUAAAAUACUUAUCCAAAGUGAAAGAUAUAUCGACAACAGCACAGAUGAGUUUAGGUUAACAGAGAGAAAAGGAGCAUGAUUAUUUGGCACUAAUAUAUCUAAUCAAACGAGUGGGAGGACUAUUAUAUACUAUAUAUUUUACCCCCGACUCCACUCUAGCCAGCUUUAUAGCACUUACGACGACUGAGCUUCAGGCUAUAUAGACAUGAACAUCUAAUGCUUUCUCCCGGCCGUGCCAUCUCCGAUCAAUCCUUCCAACCACGCAAAGAAUUAUUCCUCCUUCAUUAUUAUUAAUCUCCAAUUAUCUUUUGAUCCCUUUAGUCACUAUAUAUAUAGAUAAGAGUAAAAAAAAAAUGAGGAGUUUUGCUUUUUCUUGCAUAGUUCUUGCAAUCCUUCCAUCGCUGAGCACAAGUUAUGCAUUGCCACCCCUAAACUUAAAGAAAAGCAACCAUAUUUUCAUGGUAAGGGAGAAAGUUAAUGACCUGAUAGAGAAUACCUGCAGGAACACCCCUGACUAUCAACUUUGCUUCUCAACUCUACUGUCCGAUCCUCGAAGCUUCGACGCAGAUACUUAUGGUCUGGGCCUCAUCAUAGUUGACGCACUCAAAGAUAAGGCAACCUCCGCGGUGAAUGCCAUCAACAGGCUUAAAGGCUCUAAUCCAGAAUUCAUCCGUCCCUUGAUCAAGUGCAGCAUCUCAUACAAUGCAAUCCUAAAAGCGGAUAUUCCUGAAGCAAUUGAAGGUUUGAGGAAAGGGGUUCCCAAAUUCGCCGAAUAUGGCAUGGCUGACACUGCUGUAGAAGUUCGAGGAUGCGAGAAUAGUUUCAAGCAGUCCAACUCACCGCUCACUGACCUGAACAAACAAGUCUACGAUCUUUCCAUUGUAGCUAAAUCAAUAAUCAGGAUGCUGCUGUGAGGUCCGUCUCUGUUGUUUGUUCUUGAUAUUUAAUCCCUCAGUUUUACGACAUACAUAUUCAAAGUUCUGCUGCCUAGGUGACAUUGAAACGGGAAGUUACCGCGUUACUGUAACAUAGUUGAUAGCACAAAAAAA